UGUUCACAUUCAGUGCAUAAGCAUAAGGUUGUAAGAAAAAAGAUCCAAACAACUCAGAAUUUAAAAAGUUGUCGAGAUUUUGAGUGUGCAUACCGAUUCCUAGAAGACAAGAUGAUGGAACAAGUUCAUCUAGCUGGGGAGGAUGAGGAUGAAUUGUACUCUGGCUACAAUGAUUACAAUCCGCUCUUCGAUACCGAGAAUCUGCAACAAGAUGAAGGCUUUCAGAAUGCAGUCAAGACGAGCCAUGGACGUCGUCCACCUAUGACAGCAACACGUCAGUUUGCAAUACAGCGAGGGCAGAUGGGAACAACUGCUGGAGCUCGCUUGAAGACAGGUUUAGUAUCCUCCAUGGGAGCCCGUCCUGUCACAGGCAUUGCUGCUGCAGAUGGUAGUGUCGCUAGACCCAUGACAGCAGUCAAAGCAGCUGGCUACUCCUCUACGGGGCGUGGUCAGCAGUUUGAUCCUAUGAACCAAGCGUCUAAAGGUCCCGCCCCACCGCUGGAAACAAAGAAUGAAGACACCCCUGAAGAAAAAAUCAAGAACUUGGAGAAGAAGGUGAACGGUUUGAUUGAGGAGAGUUGCCUGGCCAACAGCAGAGGAGAGUUUAGCUUGGCUCUGGAGAAGGCUAAAGAGGCUGGAAGAAAGGAGCGAAUGCUUGGCAGACAGAGAGAUGAAUUGUUUAACGGGGAACAAGUCAAUCUGGACCAGACGUACUCAGUGCUGUUCAAUGUGGCCAAUCAGUACGAAGCCAACGAAAUGUACCAAGAAGCUCUCAACACCUACCAAGUCAUUGUCAAGAACAAGAUGUUCUCCCAUGCCGGACGGCUCCGUGUCAACAUUGGCAACAUAUACUUUAAGCAGAGGAAUUUCCCCAAAGCAGUCAAGUAUUACAGGAUGGCGUUGGAUCAGGUGCCUAACACUCACAAGGAGAUGAGAAUCAAGAUCAUGAAGAACAUCGGCAUCGUGUUUGUCAAGAUGGGCCAGUACAGCGACGCUAUCACAUCCUUUGAACACAUCAUGUCGGAGAAACCAGAUUACGAGACCGCCUUCAAUCUGUUACUGUGCUACUACGCUACAGGAGACCGGGAUAAGAUGAAAAAGACAUUCCAACAACUUCUAGGCGUCGAUCUGAAUCUGGACGAUGAGGAUAAAUAUCUGCCGCAUCCGGAUGACAAGCAUGCAAAUCUUGUCCUAGAGGUCAUCAAGAACGAUGCAUUAAGAGAGAAAGAAAAAGAAGCUAAGGAAGGCAUGGAGCGUUGUCUGAUGGCUGCAGCCAAGUUGAUUGCACCAGCCAUAGAGCAAAGCUUCUCAGCUGGAUAUGACUGGUGUGUUGAUUGCGUCAAGCAGUCAGCUUUCACUGAUCUGGCUAAUGACUUGGAGAUCAACAAAGCCAUCAUGUAUCUCAAACAGAAGGAAUUCAGUCAGGCUGUGGAGGUCCUCAAGACAUUUGAGAAGAAAGAUUCCAAGUGCGCCUCGGUGGCUGCCACCAAUCUCUCCUUCAUUUACUUCUUACAGUCAGAGUACCAGCUGGCUGAGAAAUACGCUGAGGUUGCUAUGACGGCAGAUAGAUACAACCCUGCAGCGCUAGUCAACAAGGGCAACUGUCUGUUCGUACAAGGAGAGUUGGAGAAAUGUCGUGAUUACUACCAAGAAGCACUGAGGACUGAGGCAUCCUGUACCGAAGCACUCUACAACCUGGGGCUUGUGAACAAGAAACUAGGUCACCUUGAGGCCUCCUUAGACUGCUUCUUGAAACUCCAUGCCAUCCUCAGGAAUAAUGCUGAAGUCUUGUUCCAGAUAGCCAGCCUCUAUGACAUGCUAGAAGACACCCCUCAAGCAACAGAAUGGUUCACUCAGUUGAUAAGCAUUGUACCUACAGACCCAGCCAUCCUCUCUAGGCUAGGUGAACUGUUUGACAACGAGGGCGACAAAUCACAAGCAUACCAGUAUCACUAUGAGUCAUUCCGGUACUUCCCUUCCAACAUCGAAAUCAUUGAGUGGCUUGGAGCGUACUUCAUCGAUUCCCAGUUUGUGGAGAAAGCAAUUCACUACUUUGAGAGAGCUGCAGUGAUUCAACCAAACCAGGUCAAAUGGCAGUUGAUGAUUGCUAGCUGUCACAGACGGAGUGGCAACUACCAGCAAGCCUUGGAGACGUACAAACGCAUCCACAAGAAAUUCCCAGACAAUAUAGAAUGUUUGAAGUUUCUGGUCCGUCUGUGCUCUGAUCUGGGUCUGAAGGAAGCUCAAGAGUACGCUACUAAACUGAAGAAGGCAGAGAAGGCCAAGGAGUUAAGAGAACAGCGUGCAAGUAGUGGCACUCGUCGCACUGGGAGUGGGCGUAGUGCACGCGGUGGUAGUGCCGGGGGUAGCGCUCAUGGCAUUCGUGGUGGCAGUGCAGGCUCAGACAGGCUGGAUAGUCCCAGCGGUGUGGGUUUUGGAGCGGAUACCCUGGAUGUAGACAGCGGGGAUUCAGGCCAUGGGAGUCGUCAGAGUAGCGCCCGGUCUGGUAGCGCACGACGCAGUGGCAAGACCCGUGCCUCACUACCAGAAGCUAACGGACCAUAUGAGGUGGAAUCACAGAAUGUUGAUGCAUCUUACGUUGACCCCCUGGGCCCGAGCACUGAACGACCCAAGACGGCGGCCCGCAGACGAGAUCAGACAGAAGAUGAGUUUGGUGAUGAGGAGUUGGGAGAUGACUUACUACCAGAGUAAUCAUAUCAAAUCAAGCACCGAGCACCCCAAGAUGGCGGCCCGCAUACGAGAUCAGACAGAAGAUGAGGUUGGUGAUGAUGAGGUUGGAGAUUACAUGCUGCCAGAGUAAUCAGACAAACAUGAAGGCAUAUAGGAUCCUUUGAAUGUAUCCCCAAAGUAAACUACCAAAUUAUUAUCUAAUGGAUGGUUGCUUGUAUAUCACUUGGAUUGAAGAUCGUACUAGUUCUUUACACCACAUGAAAUUAUUCUGUCUGGCUUGCUGUUAUUUAGGAGAAGUCAAGAAAUGUAGGUGAUUUCCAUUCAACAAUCAGUUUUUGAGAAAAAGUUGCCGAGGCACUUUUUGAAUCACUCUCGAAAUCAGCAUCUGGGACUUGUUCUUUUUCAGCAGAUUGCAGCUUCAUGAGUCGUGCACUGUACUGAUGAAUUAUAACAACAGCACACGUGUGCACCCUUUCAACUCUUGCACAUACAUGUACCCCUUGCCAAAUAAAACACGAAUAUACGGAAAUUUAAAAAAAAAUGCAUCAUUGGAAAUGGCCUUCUUUUCUGUUUUUGGGGUUUUUCAAAAUGACAGCAUGCCAGAAAUAUAACUUUCUGAGGGAAUUUAGUGUCAAUACUGUCUUUAAACCAAGUAAGCUUUUCAACAAUAUUUUGUCAGUUACUUUUUGGAUAGCUGCAAAUGAUGUUCUCUACCUCUAUAGUGAAAUUUUAAUAGACUGCCAACAUUGGGCUGACUAACAGUGUUUCGCAAGUUCAAACCCACAUUCUGGCAAAUUCUUUGUUCUUAUAAUAACAUACCAUCAUGGAAACAUGAAAGCUCUGCACCCGAAUGUAUCAGAUCUGUUGCUGAACAAACAGAAGUUUGUACAUGACAGUCAUUUAUGGCCCAUUUCUACCUUUUUUGCAGGUAGACUUCAUUAACAGGAUUGUAAGCCAUCUGAUCUUCGACUUGAUUUGCACAAUUGUACAUUUUGAAAUGAUUAAAAGUACAUUUUAAUGUAAAAGAUUUCCUGUACAAGAGAAAAAGAAGGCAUCAUUUUAUUCUGAGAGUAAAAAAGUAAACACAUUUUCUUGAACAUGAACACGAAUUGCAAGUUGUGAAAAAUAAAUGUAUUUGUUGUGUGUGAAGAUUAA